ACUUUUACCCAUGUGACAGAAUUCAUCAUUUUUGGAUUCCCGGGCCUCCAGAAUUUCAACAAUUUACUUUCUUGUGUAUUUCUUUGUAUCUACCUCUUCACCCUCUCUGGCAAUGGCUUUAUCUUCUUCUUGGUCAUCUUUGACCGGCAUCUCCAUACCCCAAUGUAUUUCUUUGUCAGCAAUUUGUCCUUUAUAGACAUUACUUACACUUCAGUAACCAUCCCGAAGAUGUUGGCCAAGUUCCUGAUGAACCUGGAUACCAUUUCCUUCACCGCCUGCUUUGUACAGAUGUAUUUUUUUCUGUCUUUGGGAGCAACAGAUUGUUAUCUCCUGGCCGUAAUGGCCUACGAUCGCUACGUAGCUAUAUGCUCACCCUUACACUACCAAACCAUCAUGACAAGAAAACUUUGCAUAAUACUGUCAAUGGCAGCCUGGUGUGUAGGCUUUGCUUCUCCACUUACUGGCACCAUUCUUGCCUUAAAGUUACCUUACUGUGGUCCCAAUAUACUCUACCAUUACUACUGUGAUAUUGAUCCACUGCUCAGUUUGGCUUGUGCUGACAUAUUCCUCAAUAUGGCAGUUAGGGUCUUUCAUGAACGCCGUUGUCGGUUUUUUAAUCAUUUCUGUAAUUGUUAUAUCUUACACAAAGAUUAUUUUAACAAUCUUCAGGAUAGUUCCAAAGGAGGCCGGAAGAAAACCUUUUCUACCUGCGCCUCUCACUUUACAGUUGUCAGUAUAGCUUUCUUGCCGGGUCUGUUUGUGUACCUUUGUCCAACAAACUUCCUAUCUGCUGAAGUGAACUCUUUGGUGGCCAUGUUAUAUACAGUAUUACCUCCCAUGAUGAAUCCCAUAAUAUACAGCAUGAGAAACAAAGACAUUAAAAUGGCUUUUCAGAGGAAAAUAGGCCUCAUCAAAAGUAGUUUGGCCACAGAAUAG